GAAAGUGCUCUGGACUAAGUGAAAGUGCAAGUGAAAGUGCGGGCUAUACACAAAUAGAGAAUAGGAUAUACGUCUUCAGGAUGCGUUUGUUGUGUUUAACGCUGCUGCUGCUAGGCGGCGCAUUGUGCAGCGCCCAGGAUGCACAGCCGGGUGCCACCGUGGUCAGUGGCCCCGAGGCAGCUGCUGCCGUCGAUAGCUUGACCCAGAGCGACGCCAAGGACGAUGCGACAAAUGCCACCACUGCGCCGGCUAGGCUGCAGAUACCCACCCAAGAUCAGCUUCUCGCCCAGAUGCCACCCGUACAGCUACCUCGCAGUGGCAUUCCCUCAGUGGACGCAUUCUAUUUCAUGUUCCCAGCCUUGAGCAGCCUUUUGCGUUGGGGCAGCCUCUUUCCGGCGCAGACUCUGCUCGGCGCCAUGCCGGACAAUCUGCAGGCAUCGCCCUCCAAGGUGGUGCUGGUCCUAGCCGACGAUGCGAAUGCUCACAAGUCACGUGUAACGCGUCAGGAUGCAGCCCCAGCUGCUCCUGCACCACCUGCACCACCUGCCGCGCCAGGAGCUGCUAUGUUGCAGCAAAUGCAGCAGAUGCUUGGCCAGAUGCCGCCGCCGAAUCUUGCCCAGAUUGUCCCGCCGAAUCUUGCCCAGAUGAUGCCCCGACCCCCAGCCGGCUGGCUGCCGGAUGGCUUCAGCCUGGGCCAAAUGCCCCCACUGCCGGAUAACUUCAAUCUCGGCCAGAUGCCGCCAAUGCCCGAUGCCUUCAAUCUAGGCCAGAUGGCGCCCGUUAUGCAGAACUUUGGACUGCCCUCACUCGACGGCCUGCUCGGCCAGGCACCCGCUACGACCACGACCACACCAGCUCCACCCGCAGCCACGCCCGCGGAUGAGCCGGCAGCCCCGGCGCCGGCACCCGCUGGCCCAACGCUUGGCCAGGCUCCGCCUCAGGGAUUCGGAGCGUUCUUCGAUGGCAGCAACAAUCUGUUGGGCAGCGCAUUGAGCGGCAUACCCGGAGCCCCGACACCGGACUCGUUCAUGGCCGGACUACGUCAGUUCUUGCCGGGCAGCAGUGGCCAGGCGUCGGACAUAUCGGAGGUGCGCGUGAAGCCGGACAGCCACGACAGCAUCAACUAUCGGGCGCCACAGCAGACGCAGGCGCAGCUGGCUCAGCUGAAGAUCAAGUCAGCGCUGCAGAUGGAGCAGGAGAAGCAGCAAGUGCCGUUGCUCUGGUUCCGCAUGCCCAGCAAGCAGGAGACCGAGGAGGAGCAGGGCAAUGCCAAGACCACGGAUCGUGCUCAAAUCGAGUCCAAGCUGGAGGCCUUCGAGCGCCAGGUAAUCGAGGAGCUGCAGCAGCUGCAGCAGAUCGAGCGGCUGGCACGCGAGAUGCGCGCCCAUGCCCAAGGCGAGACGGCAAGGAACGGCGCCUCCUACAAGCUGCGCUACCCCCUGAGCCGCACGCCAGUCCACAAGAUCACCCGAGCCGACAUUGAGCGCGCCCUACGCGACGACUAUGUGCGCCGCCUGCUCAACAGGGAGAUGCAGCGCCGAACCUAUACCAAGCGCCAGAUUAUGACUGGAGAGCAGCCGCAGACCCUAUCCAAGGAGGACAUAGUCAAGGUAAUGGCCUAUGCCUACCGCAUGGCCGCUGAGAAUGCCGAACGCAAGGCCAAGGAGCAACAGCAGUCGCAGCAGAUGCUGCAGCAGAUGCAGCAACAGAGUCCCAUGAUGAUGCGUCAAUGGGCGGAGGACGAGGCUAAGGCUAAGGCUAAGGAGCAGCAGCGCCAAUGGAUGCAGGAGCAGAGCAUGCCGCAGCAAGAAAACGCCCAAAUGAUGAGACAGUGGGCGGAGAGCCAGGCUAAGGGUGCCGAGAUGAUGCGACAGUGGACGGAGGAGCAGGCCAAGGCACAGCAGGCUCAGCAGGCCCAGCAGCAGCAGCAGCAGAUGCGUCAGUGGAGCGAGGAUCAAGCAAAGGCGCAGCAGGCGAAGCAGCAGGAGAUGCGUCAAUGGAGCGAGGAUCAAGCAAAGGCGCAGGAGGCACAGCAGCAGAUGCGUCAGUGGAGCGAGGAUCAAGCAAAGGCGCAGGAGGCUAAGCAGCAGGAGGCACAGCAGCAGAUGCGUCAAUGGGCGGACGAUCAGGCUAAAGCCCAAAACAUACAGCAGCAGCAGGGUCCUAUGGUCAUGCAGCAACAGAAUACGCCAAUGAUGCGUCAGUUUAUGGUGGCGCAGGGAGCACCUCAGCAAUUCCAAAUACCCAUGACGAUGCCGCCGCAGGGACACAUGAUGAUGCGACAGUGGACAGAGGCCCAGACCCAGGAGCAGCAGCAGCGCCAGUGGAUGGAACAGCAGGCAAAGGCGCAGCAGGAUAUGCAGCAGCGUGCGUGGUCGGAGGAUCAGGCUAAGCCGCAGAGGGAACAGGACUCGGCGCUCCAGGCACCCAUGAUUGCGCAGCAACAGAUGAUGCGGCAAUCCGCCGAGGAUCAGGCCAAGGCACAGCAGCAGCAGCAGCAGCAGCAGCAGGAGCAACAGCGUCAAUGGGCCGAGGGUCAAGCCAAGGCACAGCAGGAUAUGCAGCAGCGUCAGUGGACCGAGGAACAGGUGAAGGCACAGGAGAAGCAAGCCUCCGAGAAGAGCAUGAAUCAGGCAGCCGAGCGUCAGUGGGCGGCUGAGAAGAUGCUGGCUAUGCAGCAGCAGCAACAGCAGCAGCAGCAGCAGAUGGAUCAGCAGCAAAUGGAACAACAACAGCCGCAAAUGGAUGCCGAUGGAAUGCUGGGAGAGGCGAAACCGCAAAUGCCCGAAAACGCUGGCCAGGCACGACACAAAGUGGAUAUACUUGGCCUGGGUGGGGAUCACCGCAAGAAAUCCAAGUCCAAGUCGGCGCCCACCAUCAUCAACUACUACCACAAUACGCCGCCAGCUAGCUACGCGCCGGCCUACGGUCCAAGCUACGGACAUGUGCAUAGACCCAGCUACGGCACCAGCUACGGCGGUGGCGGCUACGGCGGAGGCGGCUAUGGCGGUGGCGGUUACGGCGGUGGCGGCUACGGCUCCAAUGCAUAUGGUGGGUAUCGGGCGGCUGUUGGUAACGACGAGAUCGACUCCAUGCUGCGCCAGCAUAACACCAUGAUGGCAAUAAAACCCAACGAGCAGAAGGAGCGGCAGGAUGACCAGAUGACCACCACCACUAUCACCACCACGAACAACAAUAACAACAACAACAACAACAACUACACCAGCUCGGGCACGCCCCCAUCCCUGCCGAACGGCGAUCAUCGCAUAGAGAAAAGUCCAUCAACAGCAUCCACAUCAACAUCAACAUCCACAUCAGCAUCAGCAUCCACAUCAGCAUCAGCAUCCACAUCGAAUGUUAACGAAACUGUUGGCUCCACAAUUGGCUACAAAGAGAGCCUGCUCCGUCCGUAUAUGGGUCUGCUGCCCGUGGCCCAGCCGAACGAUCCCUGGAACCAGAAGCCGUACGAUCCACACUAUCCUCUGUACAGCGGCGGCGGCAGCUAUGAGGCGUAUCUGAGACCACGACGAGAUACGCACAUCAUGGCGCGCACGCAGCAGCUGCUCACGCCCGGCAUGCUGGAGCGCCUCCUGCGCAUUAAAGCGGAGUUUCAGCGUCGGUUUCCCCAUCUCUAUCAGGGCAUGCUCAAUCAUCAUACGAAUCAGACGCGUGUGGUUGUCAAGCCGCCGCUUUUGGUGCGCCUGUCCAGCAGCAGAAGCAAGGGAAAGGAUGAGCCUGUCUAUGAGCUUGGCGCCGCCGAGCGUGGCCUCUUUGACGAGACGGAGGAGGAACGGGAGUCGGAGGAGCAGGAGCUGGACAAUGCAAUGCGAACGACCACAGAGAAGAACAAGAAAAACCGACGCAUCGCCAAGAAGGACGAUCUUGAUGACGAGGUGGACUACUUUCAUUUCGAGGAUGACGAUGACGAUGUCGCUAACGAUAACGAUAACGAUAACGAUGAUGAUAACGAUACUGAUAUUAUUGAUGAUUAGCUAAAAGUUAUUUGAAUUAUGUAUGUACACCCAAUUAAAAGAAGCACUUUACAAAAAUGUAGAAAAU